CAAGACCUGCUUUUUGGUGUUGAGCAAGAACCAGAACCAGAUACUUUGAUUAACUCCAUGAUUGUAAUCCUAAGGGUUUCUCUCUUCCCCCUUGUUUAAUCUUCUUUCAACGAGUUCUGGGUAUUUGUUUCUUGAUCUCUCACACACAGGUUCCAACUGUUCAUACCAAAGUUAUACAAUUUGCAGAAUAAAUGCGAAGAGUUUCAGAAGAUAGAAGUAAUGUUAGAGGUCAUGGGAUGUAUGGUUCGGAGUACCGGAGCCACAAUAGGGGGUUUUGGCGUGGUCAGCCAAAGGCAUUUCAAGGGCAAUUGCCGCCUCCAGUUCGAAGACCAAACAUCUUUUUCGAGGCUGGUCGUUUAGCAACAGAAUACUUGGUCUCCAAUGGAGUCCUGCCCCGAAAUGUGUUAUUAGGAAAGUGGCAGAAUGGCAAUAUCAAGGACUAUAUGGGGGAGUUUCAUGGUUUCAGUAGGCUGCAAGAAGGAGAUAGUUUACAUCUUCCUUCUGAUAGUCGCGCUUCAGCUCUUUCCCGUUUGGGGGAUCCUAUCUCUGAUCUUGUUAUUAGUAAAAAAAGAACAGGUGAUGAAUUUAUCCCUGAUUCAAGAAUCGAUAUGCGAGGCAAAAAAAGAAUGGGGUCUUUCAACAACUACAGCUCUGAUAGCAGCAGAGAAAAUGGAAAGAACAUUGGAACGAUUUUGGAGAAAAGAAAGAUUUCUCCAGAAAGGGAUGCCGGCAAUAGUUCAUCUUUCAAGUAUCAAGAAAAUCUGAAGGUUGGAGUUGACAAAGAUGGUUUGAAGACAAAUUCUUUGAGCAUUGAGGUAGGUACUAGUAGUGAAAUGAAUGAACAAAGUUUCAAGGAGGAUGAAUCUUUCAAGCCAUCUGCAACUACUACAGUUGCUUCUGUCAAAGAGGAGAAAGAUUUUAGCUUGUUAAGUCUUUGCAGAUUUGCCAAAGUUCCCACGAAAGCCCGCUCCAAAUUUCGCAAAUCUUCUGUUUCAAAUGAAGACAAGAAUUGUAACACAGAAUCUCAUGUUGAUUCGAGAAUAGUAGCCAUUGCAUCAAAUGGCUCUUCCAAUGUUAUGUUUUCAAACCAAAUCCAAGGAUCAGAAUCCCUUAAUUCCGACAUAUUGAAGGAACCAACUGUUGCUGCAGCCAAGACUGAUACAUUGAUCAUAAUGGAUGAUGAUGAAGAAAAACAAACAGAAUGUUCACAUUCCCCUGAGAGGAACCUCGAAAGUCAGAAUGAUAAUCCAUCUGAGUCUGCAAACUGCAGUAGUUCAUCAACUGCUAUGGAGAAAGAUGAGAAACGAGUUGGCGAACAUGUUAAUAGUUGGAAUGGAACUUCGAUAAUCACACAUGAUAAUUUGUGUAUCCACAUAGAUGAAGCUAGGUCUGUUGAUGUCCCUUUAUUUCCUAAAGAUAGUGUUGGACCGUGUAUAACUUAUGGAGAAGAGAAUCAACUUUUCCCGGCUUCAUUUAGGACCUGUGACCUAAAUCUUAUGGAAGCUUCAGAAGCCACUGAUGGUUUUGAUCAAAACCCUCUUUUAGUUUUCCAAUCUCCCUCAGAAACAAAUAAAGCUCCAGCCCCAGCCCCAGCCCCAAUGGAUAUUGAUUUGUGCAUUAACAAUAACUGCAAUAUAUCUGACAAAUACAGUAGACGAACAGCUGAUGGAAAAAUGGUUGAAGUGAUUGAUUUAGAACCUGACUCUGGGGAGGAAAAUAAGUCGUUUGAUCACUCUGAUAUCAAGGCUGCAGAAGCUGUGUUUACAGGCUUAGAGGACUUUCCCAGCCAUUCGAAGAAUACCAAUGACAUUUCAGAUAAUCAUGAUGGUUUUGGGCUAAUUUUAUCAGAGUUUCUUAGAACUGACAUCACAAGCUCGUCUUCUGUACCACAAAACAUUUCGCUUCAUAAUGAGAUGGGCUUGCACGAUGGAGAGGGGAUUCUAGACGAAGAUUCAAUCUAUAUGUCCCUUGGUGAGAUACCAAUAAGGUUCUCACCGGUCUGGGAGCAACCAACACAAGAUUAUGACAAGCCAUUCUGAACAUUAAUUUGUGCCUCCAUUGCUCAUCAAAAGUCGUAUAUAUAUGCUCUCAAUGCUGGUGAAAACAUUCCUAUCUUUAAUUUAGCUCCAGAGUGGUUCAGAUCUGGAUUAUAAAAUAUAAACUGAACUUGAGCAUGCAUGCAUGUUGGUUUUUUCUUUUUUCUUUUUUAGUGUUUUGAGUAGGCAGGCAGGCAGGCACUGGGUAAUGCAUUCCCAAUUAAUACUAAAAAUGAAUUUAUAAUGAAGGUGCCAUAUUAGUUAAAGUAAAUUGGACCAGGCAUGUGAAGCAUAAUGUAAUAACUUACCAGUAAGAACUUCAAGUCUUGUAAAAGCCCAAAGAAGAAUAUGAGUAAUUUGAAGCAGUUCUGUUAUUGUUGGCUGUAA